UGACGUGUUGUGUUGAGAUGUGAACCGUAGCGUAGCUUUUUCAUUGAUUAAUACCGGGUAGGGUAGUUAAAACUAUUUUAGAAGCGAAAAUUCUCUGUUGUAAUAUAUAAUUCUUGGGCAUUGCAGAUAAAAUAUAAUCAACAAUGUCUAAAUGUGGAAAUGAAGGUGAAAUUGUAUUGAAGGAAAAGUAUGUUUCCUCAUCAAAAGAAAGGCUUUACGUGAAGCCACCUGAGCAGCAAAACAUUGUAAUAUUAGAAGAGAGGCGGUUCAGUGAUUUAACUAACUGGAUAACCCAAAUAUUUCUACCUCAGGGCUAUCCAGACAGUGUUAGCAAAGAUUACUUACCAUACCAAGUGUGGGACACAGCACAAGCUUUCUGUAGUACAAUUUCAGGCAUUCUUGCUACUCAAGAGGUACUUCGAGGGGUGGGGGUGGGAGAUACCAAUGCCACCCCUCUUGCAGCUACUAUUACUUGGGUCCUCAAGGAUGGUUGUGGACACAUUGGGAGAAUAUUAUUUGCUUUUAGUCACGGAACUUACCUAGAUGCAUACAGUAAAAAAUGGAGACUUUAUGCUGACACCCUUAAUGACGCAGCGAUGUGCAUUGAAAUAGCUUUGCCAAUGUUCCGGAACUACACCACAUUUGCAUUAUGUGUCAGUACCGUCAUGAAGGCUAUUGUGGGUGUUGCAGGUGGUGCUACUCGAGUAGCGAUGACCCAACACCACGCAAUAAGAGGCAACAUGGCCGACGUAUCUGCAAAGGAUUCUGCUCAAGAAACUGCGGUCAAUCUCAUUGCUUCGCUCACAGCACUGCUAAUUAUUACGUUAUUUGGAAACUCUAUUAUAAUAUUUACAAUGAUGAUAAUACUUCAUAUUACUUUCAACUAUUUUGCUGUGCGAGCUGUUUGUUUAAAAACAUUGAAUGAACCAAGAUUCCUACAAGUUAUCGAAACAUAUUUGAAGAAAGAAGUUUUGGCUACUCCUUGCGAAAUAAAUCAGAAUGAACCAAUAAUAUUUUAUCAAUUAGGACCAAAUCUAUUGGACUUGAAGAUAGCCGGAUUUCAGAUAAAAUUAGGAGGUUCAGUAAAGUCCUUUCUACAGCGUAAUCCCAAGGCAGCGUGUUUGAAGGUUCUGAGCGAGGUGUAUGAGCGUCGCGAGUACAUGCUGCUCCCCGACGUGGCGAGUCGCCAGCUGCUGGUGGUGGUGAAGGAGUCCGCCGCGCCAGACGACGUGUUGUGCGCUUACUUCCAUGCCGUGCUGCUGUCUAUCGUGACGUGCGCCAUCAACGACCACUAUUUGCCAAUAUACCAAAGCACGGGCUAUCCUAGACCAUUCGCCCUGGUGUGCCAAGCGGUGCAAGCGGCGGAAUGGAGCCGCGCGGCCGCGGACGGCGCCGUCGCUGGCCGCUUCUCUUACGGCCCGUCGGCAGACCUGGCGCGCUACGUCGACAAGAUCGUCAACAAGGAGUGGCAUCGAAUCAGGGCGGGGAUGAGGCAGACAGGUUGGGACUUGAGUAAACACCUGCUAUUGGUGGACGAAUGGCGUAUAUGUAACCAUGGCAACGCCACAGGAGAACCACAACCACCCUCGAACAAAUUGCACUUGAAUGAAGAAAUAGGUGAGCCAGGCAAUAAACUAGCUUUUGGCGACUUGCUUAGCGAAUCCAUGGGUAUCGGCUGUAGGGAAUUCACGAUUGCACCCAAUGGGAGGUUAGAGAGGCUGCCGAGUGGUAUGAUAUUCAGAAGACAAUCCGAUGCAAAAGUAUUGAACGCGACCGAAGCGAAGCCCGAUGUGAUUGAUCUCGACAAGCAAUGA